GCCUGCUUCGUUUCGUCUCGAGUGCGCCGUCGAGCGUUCUUAUCAGGCUUCAUCCAGAUAACGAUACAAGGUGGAGAGAGAACGAGAGCUUGCAGCCUCCAAGUGACCAUCCAAGUUUUUGCCAUUGCGAUGCCACACCAAGAUGACAUUCCCACGACGCCGCGUGUGAUCUCGCCCUCGCCAACGCCUUCAGAUCUCUCGGAUUCAAGAGAGCACCUGUCAGAUAAACGGCUGCUUGCGUCCCCUCCGCCCAUCCCGGAGGAGGAGGCCUUGAACGACGAUGCAUCCAGCUCAGAUUCUAGCUCAAACAAACGAUCUCGUGCCCGAUCCCGGAGCCCGGUAUUGCUCUCUUCCUCAGUUCAACGCAGACGAAAAUCCAACUCGGGGGCUGGUGAAAAGGUUGCAGCCGUAGCAAACGGACAUACAUCGGCAAAUGGCCAUCUAUCACCAUAUUCUGGAACUCAGAGCAACUGGCGUGUUAUAUCACGAUCGCCCUCUCCUCUCGGCCUCAUCCCCCUCCAUUCUCAUUACAGGACAUUUAUCCACCGCCAUGAGAUUCCGCGUAAACUGUUACACGUCUCCAUCGGCUUUGUUGCCCUCGACCUUUUCCGCAGAGGCGUCCAAGCAAACCAGCUGACCCCUUGGCUCUUCUCCGCCUUCAUCCCCAUUUCUGCAACAGACUUCCUACGCCAUCGCUUCCCGGCCAUCAAUAAGUUCUACAUCCGCUGCCUUGGCGCUCUGAUGCGUGAGACGGAAGUGUCGGGAUUCAACGGUGUCAUUUGGUACGUUUUGGGCGUCGUCAUAGUCCUUUAUUUCCUCCCCAAAGACGUCGCCAUGGUCUCUAUCCUUCUCCUCAGCUGGUGUGAUACGGCUGCUUCUACGUUCGGCCGGUUGUACGGCCGUUAUACCCCUCGUCUUCGACGCGGAAAGAGCUUGGCUGGCACACUCGCUGCAUGGGUCGUUGGCGUGAUGACCGCUGUCGCGUUUUGGGGAUACAUUGUUCCCGCAGUGGGUUCAUUCCCUGAUGACCCAGAAAAUGCCAACAUGUUCACUGGUUCUAUCCGGCUUCUGCCUCCUGCUGCUACUAGACUACUAGAAUGGAUUGGUCUCCCAAGUUCCGCUUCUGAAGACUCUGUCAUCUCUGGCCCACUUGCUCUUGGAAUUGUCAGCUUGUGGACCGGUGUCGUUGGCGCCGGUAGUGAGUUGAUCGAUCUGUUUGGCUUUGAUGAUAACUUAACCAUCCCACUAUUGAGCGGGAUUGGCUUGUGGGGUUUUUUCAAAGUCUUUGGUGCCUAG